UUUGCUUGUUCACUUUAGGAAUUAGUUCAAUAUAACUUAGUCCGAACGAUUCGAUUCCACUCUAUUUGGCAUUCAAUUUAUCCCGUGUUUUGUGUUGUUUUCCCCUCAUAUAAAUCAAUAUGGCAGCUUACACCGAGGAUCAGUUGGCUGAGUUCCAGGAGGCCUUCAAUCUGUUUGAUAAUCGCGGCGAUGGCAAAAUUCAACUGAGCCAGGUGGGAGAAUGCUUGCGGGCAUUGGGACAGAAUCCGACGGAGUCGGAUGUGAAGAAGUGCACGCAUCAAUUGAAGCCCGAUGAGCGCAUCUCAUUUGAGGUCUUUCUGCCCAUCUAUCAGGCCAUAUCGAAGGCACGUUCCGGCGAUACGGCCGAUGAUUUUAUUGAGGGAUUGCGUCAUUUCGAUAAGGAUGCCAGCGGUUACAUAUCAUCGGCGGAGCUGCGCCAUCUGUUGACCACGCUGGGUGAGAAGCUGACCGAUGAGGAGGUGGAACAGCUGUUGGCCAACAUGGAGGAUCAGCAGGGCAAUAUCAACUAUGAGGAGUUUGUGCGCAUGGUCAUGAGCGGUUAGGAAUCAAAACACAGGAAGAAGCAACAAUAAUAUUAACAUCAACGACAACAACAACAACAAGACCAAUUCACCUGCCAUGCUAGCUAGCCGUUCAUUCCGCCAACUCCAAUUCCAAGAUUCCACUUUAUUUAAGUAGCAGCAUCAGCAGUAGCAGCAGCAUUAGCUCCAUCUAACCAAUAGUUUGUCUCUUAGCCACAAAUUUGUAUACUUUGUAUAUUUGUUGCAUUUCGGAUGCGGAUUAAUGGACAAAUUGAAUUUAUUCCAUCUAAAGACCUUUAACGCGACCAUUCAAACCACUAACAACUAAAUCACACCACAUACAGGGUAUUAACCCCUUCCAUCUGAAUCAGAAUCAGAAUCAGAUGUGUCGCGUCGUUAACUUUUGCGUAUUAUUCUAAAAAUGUAUCGAGUUUAUUAUUCAACUUAAUGAAAAGUAAAGGAAAA